UUUUAGGGAACAUUUCAUCCGAAAACCUAGGAAUGAUUAGAGCCACAAGUCACCACCAUUUUUGGAAAGCUUAGUAAAUAUACAUGCUACGGAUUUUUUUUUCCCUCUCUCCAUCUCUUGUACACAACAGCAAGCCCUCAACCCUUUUCACCUUUUGGCCAUGGACUUCAACCAAAGCAAGCUCUCGAACAACUUUUGGGAUCUUGGAUCGGGCAUGGAGGAUCAGAACCUCCAUACCAAUGACCAUCAUCAUCAUCAGCCGCCUUUCGCUUCACUUUGGUCUAGCAUCCAUCUACCACCAACACACCAGAUAACUCCGACGUCUUCUUCCCAGAUUCCGUCUUCGCACUUCGCGAGCGAUGGUGGCGUUGGGGUCGUGGAGAAUCAAGUCGAAGACGAGGACAAUGAGCCUGAAGAGGAGCUCGGAGCCAUGAAGGAGAUGAUGUACAAGAUUGCGGCGAUGCAGCCGGUAGACAUCGACCCAGCGACGAUUCAGAAGCCGAAGAGGCGGAACGUCCGGAUCAGCGACGAUCCUCAGAGUACGGCGGCGCGCCUCCGGCGGGAAAGGAUAAGCGAGAAGAUCAGGAUCCUCCAGAGGCUUGUCCCCGGGGGUACGAAGAUGGACACGGCUUCGAUGUUGGACGAGGCUAUUCGCUAUGUCAAGUUCUUGAAGCGACAAAUCCGUUUGCUUCAACAACCAAAUAACCAAAACCCUACACCAGGUUCUGGCGCGCUCACCGGGAGCUUGGUGGGAGGGGAUUGGCAAGGCGUGAUUGCACCGAGCAAACCACUCACCACAACCUCGUCAUCUUCCUUUGAAGCACAAGUCGGAUCUAGGUUUGGACUAUGGUCCAAUGGUGGUGGUGGUAAUUCGUGCUUCAAUGGCCAUGAGGUAAUCAGUGAAUAAUUUAAGGUUGUUCACUUGUACUUUAUCGGGACAUCGUAUAAUUUAUUAUAAGGAAGUGUAUGCUAUAUAUUGGUGAAGUUCUAAGAUAUAUUAAUUUAUGUAAGAUCCAAGUGUGAUGGUUUCUAAGAGGCCAUCAAACCGAAAGUUUGUUAGGAUUUGGUUGACUAUGAGGGAUGUCGAAUAAUCAUAACCGUUACAGCUUGAUUUACGCACCACCAUACGUAUAAUUUAUAGUAUAUUUUUGUUUGCACGC